AUGGGUAAGGAUUACUACAAAAUCCUCGGCAUUGCCAAAGGAGCCACCGAUGAUGAAAUUAAAAAAGCGUACCGGAAAAUGGCUCUAAAGUUCCAUCCCGACAAGAACAAGGACCCAGGAGCAGAGAACAAGUUCAAAGAAGUGGCAGAAGCGUACGAUGUGUUGUCAGAUGCCAAAAAGAAGGAGAUCUACGACAAAUACGGAGAAGAUGGACUUAAGAACGACGGAAUGCCUGGUCCUGGCGCUAGUGGAGCUGGUGGUAUGCCUGGAGGCUUCCACUACACCUUCCAAGGAGACCCGAUGAGAAUGUUCGCUCAAGCAUUCGGCGGAGGAAACUUGUUUAGCGACUUCUCUGGUAUGGGAGGUGGACAUGGCGGCGGUGGCCCAGAGGUAAGGAUUUUUGGUUUUUGUUUUGAAUUUUAGGUAACAACAUCGUUAAAAUAAGUAAGAUAAGACUUGUUUGUGAAAAGAAAGAUUGUUUGCCUAAUAGGCGUUUACAUAACAUGAUUUUUCUGAAAAUAAUUAUGUUUUUUAUAGAUGAUGUUCGGUGACGAUAUAUUUGGAUUCGGUGGCAUGGGUGGUAUGCAUGGAGGCGGCGGAGGACGCAAACGACAAGAUCAGACUGUACAACACGAUCUGCCAGUCAGUCUAGAGGAUAUUUAUAAAGGAUGCACAAAAAAGAUGAAAAUCACCAAGUACGUUGUUUUUGAUGGCACAAUUAGGUUGUUUAGCAUAUUUUUAUUAAAGAAAUGUCAGUAGAAAUGUUUUUGUUUAUUAAGCGGGGUUUUUAACUUUAGGUGAUACCUAAAAUAAGGUUUUUUCCUUACUACUAUCAAAAAUAUCAUUAUGCGGGAUUUUAGGUAUAAAAUAUUGUAUAAUUUUUUAAUCUUACUAUAAUAAUAACACUUUUUCCUUUCAGAAAAAUCGUUGGCGGCGAUGGAUCAGUACGAACUGAAGACAAGGUCCUAACCUUGACGAUAAAGCCAGGAUGGAAGGCCGGGACCAAAGUCACAUUCCCAAAAGAAGGCGACCAAUAUCCAAGCCGAGUACCAGCCGACAUUGCCUUUGUCAUCAAAGACAAACCGCAUCCAAAGUUCAAGCGUGACGGCGCCGACAUCCGAUAUAGACAUAAGAUCUCGCUCAGAGACGCGCUCUGCGGCCACCAACUUCAAGUACCAACUCUGGAUGGCACCACUCUACCACUAAAAUUGGAAACGGUCGUAAAACCUUCGAUGACCCGCACAAUUCCCGGCCAAGGACUACCUCUACCCAAAGAACCAUCAAAACGAGGCAAUCUGAUUGUAGAGUUUGAUGUCCGCUUCCCCGACAGUCUUAGCCCGGCCGCGAAGGAAUUGUUACGCAACGCCCUACCGCCGAUGUAA